CCAGUCCUCUGCUUCCCUAUCACAUGCUCAUGCCCCUGGGUGGGCUGCUGUGGUGGUGGUGCUGCUGCUGCUGUGGCUGGUACUGCUGUGGACUGUGCACCCCAGCUCCCCAGAUGUUGCGCCACCAGGGUCUCCUCAAGUGCCGCUGCCGAAUGUUCUUCAAUGACCUGAAGGUUUUCCUACUGAGGCGCCCCCCUCCAGCGCCCCUGCCCAUGCACGGUGACCCCCAGCUCCCUGGUGUGGCGGCCAACAACAACACCCUUCCGGCUCUGGGUGCCGGAGGCUGGGCAGGCUGGAGGGGCCCCGGAGAAGCGGUGGGCAGGGAGACCCCUCCUCUGCCACCUCCACCACCUUUGCCUCCUGUGGAAGAUGACUGGGAUGGUCCAGCCACAGGGCCACCGGCCUCCCUGCUCAGCAGCGCUUCCUCUGACGAAUUCUGUAAGGAAAAAACUGAGGACUGCUACUCCCUUGGGAGCUUGGACAGUGGCAUGAGGACUCCCCUCUGCCGCAUCUGUUUCCAGGGACCAGAGCAGGGAGAGCUGCUAAGCCCAUGCCGCUGUGAUGGUUCAGUCAAAUGCACACACCAGCCAUGUCUCAUCAAAUGGAUCAGUGAGAGGGGCUGCUGGAGUUGUGAGCUGUGCUACUAUAAGUACCAUGUCAUCGCCAUAAGCACAAAGAAUCCUCUACAGUGGCAGGCCAUAUCCCUGACAGUCAUCGAGAAGGUUCAGAUUGCAGCCGCCAUCCUGGGUUCUCUCUUCCUCAUCGCCAGUAUCUCUUGGCUUAUCUGGUCGACCUUCAGUCCCUCAGCAAAAUGGCAACGCCAAGACCUCCUCUUCCAGAUCUGCUAUGGGAUGUACGGCUUCAUGGACGUGGUGUGCAUAGGCCUCAUCAUCCAUGAAGGGCCCUCUGUAUACCGCAUCUUUAAACGCUGGCAGGCUGUAAACCAGCAGUGGAAAGUGCUGAACUAUGACAAGACAAAAGACUUAGAGGAUCAAAAAUCAGGAGGCAGGACAAACCUACAGACUUCCUCAUCUGCCCAAGCCAGCAUGCCCUCCAUGGAAGAGGAGGCAGCCAGCCCGCCUGCCCGUGAAGAAGGCCCCCCGAGGGCUGCCAGCCACCCCUCAGGCCCUGCGUCCCAACACCACUGUGCUUACACCAUCCUACACAUCCUGAGUCACUUGAGACCGCAUGACCAGCGGAGCACCCAGGGCAGCAGCCGAGAGCUCGUCAUGAGAGUCACCACAGUGUGAAAGGAGGCCUGGAGGGAAAGUUGAGACCACACACACCCCAGGAAAGAGUCUGGGCCAGGAGGGGCCCAGGGAACAGGAAUGGGAGGCAAGAAUCCAGCAGUGGGUG